GUCGUUCAUCAGAUCGCACAGCGUUGACGUCUUGGGACGGACAUCUAAUGUCGUCGAGCGACUCGUUGAAACGGAGGCACCUUGAGGAUGGAGGGAAUGAAGGGCGUGAAGCGAAGAAGUCAAAGAGUGAGGGCAAUGCGGUAUUCGAUGCUGAUAAGGUGAAGGCUGAGGUGGCAGCGAGAGCUCGGGAGAUUCAAGAGAAAAUGGCUGCAAUGCGCAAACAAGGUUUGCUACCAACUGGGAGCCCAGCACCGAGCAGUCCAGCUGCUCCCAGUCCUCCCGCGUUAUCCCGCCAAGACGAAAUGCAACGGCGAAUUGAUGAAGCUAAACAACGAAUCCGGCAGUCCUUGCAAGCGAACCCCAGUUUACUGGCGGCUCCAAUUCUUCCAGGAGAUAAAGAAAAACGUGGUCUAAACAUGGCAUAUCAUCCAGCUCUUAUGGUGGACGGAAGCGGGCAACUGAACAUUAAAGGUGGAGCGAGAGCUCUCAUUCCCAAGGCUGAUUUUGCUACGGUCAAGGCGAACCAGCGUAUCGCGCAGCCCAAAGAGCCUGCCAAGAAGGAAAUGAAGAUUGAACAGGUUUCUGCUGACUUUGCAGACCCAACAAAGAAUCCGUACUAUGAUCCAAAGUUGGGUACAAAGCUCGGACCGCGGCCGAGAAUUCGCAAGGGCUUCAAGUUUGUGCAGCCUGGCCGGUUUGUAAAUGAGGCAAAUCAAUUGCGCGCCAAGGCUCAAUUGGAGAAAUUGAAGCAAGAUAUUGCCGAGUCUGUAAGAAAGACAGGAAUGGAUGUGGAAUUGGAUCUUGUUGCCGAGCAAGGGAUGCGAAAAGAACCACCACCAGCCGUGGAAUGGUGGGACGCACCACUUGUACCUGACGGCUACGAAAAUUUCGAUGCGGAUGCGGUUUUGAUGUCUGAAACGUCAAUCGUGACAAACUACGUUCAACAUCCAAUACCCAUUCAGCCGCCGGCAGAACCCGGGGACCCCAAAUUGAAGCCUCUUAUGUUAACGACAAAGGAGCGAAAGAAGUUGCGUCGUCAGCGCCGUCAGGAGGCACAAAAGGAGAAGCGGGAUAAAAUUCGUUUAGGCCUGCUACCACCAGAACAAAACAAGGUGAAGAUCUCGAAUCUGAUGAUGGUACUGGGUACGGAAGCUGUUCAAGAUCCCACCAAGGUGGAGGCAGCAGUACGGGCGCAAAUGGCCGCUCGGCUUAAGAAGCACAAGGACAUGAAUGCAGCCGGAAAGCUGACUGAUGAGCAACGGAAGGAGAAAAAGCGUAAAAAGUUGCGAGAAGACACCAGCAACCUAGUCGAAGUUGCAGUGUUUAGAAUCAACGAUCUUAGUCAUCCGCAGCAUAAGUUCAAGGUGGACAUGAAUGCGCAGCAGCACAAUCUGACCGGAGUUGCCAUUUUGUAUUCUGGGCUGAAUGUGGUGAUUGUUGAAGGGGGACCCAAGGGAAUUAAGGCAUAUAAAAAGCUAAUGCUUCGCAGAAUCGACUGGACGAAUGAGAAAAAGGGUGAAGAGGAUGGUGCUGAAGAGGCGUCGUCUACCGGUCCCAAAGCUCCGAAUCAAUGUGUAUUGGUGUGGGAAGGCGAGAUUAAAGAUCGGCUGUUCAAGUUUUUUCGAUUCAAGCCUCUCCCUACAGAGGCAAGGAUCAAAGAGUACCUGGAAAAGAUGAGAGCGGUACAUUAUUGGGAUGCUGCAAAGAAUUAUGUAGGCCCUGAUGCGUGAUUGAAAGGAGAUCAAUAUGCAAUCUGUUGGAAAGUUUCCUUUUGCCCUUGGAUGACGUCACGCAGCCCACGUUCAAACACGCCUGUUCAAUUUGAAGCAUGUCCUUGUUCAAUCAUUGUCCCCCUUGAAGGGCAAGUCGCCUGCAAAGACCUGAAAUUUCACACUCAGCCCAC